CGUAUCUAUACAGAUCUCACCUGAAUUUUUGGUGUGUUUUUAGCCUAUUUUUCCGCCUCAAAUAUUACUUUGAGUUCGCUGUCGUCUAUUUUUAUUUAGAUUCAGUAGCUUUGAAACAGUAUAAUUGAUAGAAGUCGAAGCUUACACAGUGCUCCUGUCGGAUUUGCCCAGUUGUUUGUAAAAAAAAUAAGUUGUUCAGGUUAUGAAGCAAGUAUGAUUAAACAGCCUGUAAUAGUAGACGUUGGCACUACCAAGCAUGAAAGCGGUAGAAAGAAAACAGCGGUUGGUGCUCGUCCAAGAUCGAGGUCAGUCGGGAAAACGAAGUUGGAAAGCAAAUCCGUUAAACAGCCAUUUAAACCUUAUAUUACAGUAGACGAUGAGACACUUGAUGGGGAUUCACUAUCACGAAAGCACUCUGCCACCAACAGUCAAGUUAAAAAAUUCAUUUCGCUUCCAUCUUCCACUGUAAUGGAUGACGCUAGUGGUCUUGCCCCUACGAUGGAGAACAGCAUUUAUGAUAGCAAAUAUCGUCGUCUUAGGACUACCUCGUUCAAUGCGUACAAGAGCAAUACUAUUUUGCAUAAAACUACUUCCUCCAGAUUAUCCACUGCAGUGGAUGCUGGUGUUAAUAGACAUUUCGAACCUAAAGUCUCACAAUACAAGAUUGGCGAUAUUCAGUCAUAUAAACUGCUUGACGACCUCGACAUCACCGAUGAAGAGGCAAUGGAUACUGAAGAUAGUGAGGCUACAGAUGAUCCUGAUGAGAAUGAUGAUGCUGCUGAGGCGCCGUCAAGUACCGGAGAUGCAGAAGGAGAAGCGACAGGCAAUACAGAAGGAGAAGCGACAGGCAAUCCAGAGGAUGUUACAGACGAACAAAAUGAAAACGAAGAUGGACAACCCGGUCCUCCAUCUGGCUAUAAGUCUGGGUCAAGUGAUUCUGUAGAAGAUGGAGAAACAGCUGGUCAUAUAGUACUAGUACAGUUUCUGCUUCUGGCUUUUGUGUGUAAAGCAGUUUCCUUAUUCUUCCAGCAACACAAAUGCACUUGCUGACUGUGAAUCUACAACAACCUUCCAAAUGGAAUAUCGAACAAAUGCUGCAUACCUGUAAAUCUCACAUGUCCUUCAAUAAACAUCUUAUCUAUGGCCAGAUUGAAUCCAAUUGUGGGCUGGAUGUGGCCCACGGGCUGCCAACUACCCACCCAUGGCGUAUUUGGCACCACUGAAAAUGAAGUGAGAA